CAGUGAAGAAGAAGACACGCUGACAAAUCUCAGAUCGGUGGCGAAGCUGCCUGCAUCAUCCGCCGACCGAGCCAGGAACCGCCGAGCAGAACCGGAGGAAAAAAAUGGCGUUCACAUUCGCGGCCUUUUGUUACAUGCUCGCUCUGCUGCUCACGGCGGCGCUUAUCUUCUUCGCUAUCUGGCACAUAAUAGCAUUUGAUGAGCUGAAGACUGACUACAAGAAUCCUAUAGAUCAGUGUAACACUUUAAAUCCGCUGGUGCUCCCAGAGUAUCUCAUCCAUUUCUUCUUCUGCGUGAUGUUCUUUUGCGCGGCCGAGUGGCUCACCCUCUGUCUCAACUUACCACUGCUGGCUUAUCAUGUCUGGAGGUAUAUGAGCAGACCUGUGAUGAGCUGUCCAGGACUCUACGACCCAACAACCAUCAUGAAUGCUGACAUCCUGGCGUUCUGUCAAAAAGAAGGCUGGUGCAAACUGGCUUUCUACCUGCUGUCAUUCUUCUACUAUCUCUACGGGAUGAUUUAUGUUCUUGUGAGCUCUUAAACCAGAUGAUGAAGGAAAAGGACCUGCAUGAACCGUAGACGACCAGACACUAUGAUCUUAGUGCUGGAACACUGAACCUGCUGGAGACCAUCGUUCAGCAACACAAGACGCCAUUUCUAGCGGACGAACUCUCGACCCCCACACACACAGCGCAGAGUGUCAUUUCGGAAACAUUUAGCCCGUUUAAAGAGAAUAUCUCGGUCGCAGCGUUCUUCUCAUAGCACUAUAGUUUAAAUUUUAUGGAAAACGAGGACAAACCUGAAUGGACAAGUUUUGUUUUUCUUUUCUCUUUUUUUUAUUUUUAAUCGUGUGAUUUUUGACGCUUGGGAUUUAAAUAAAGUUUUUUUUUUUCAUCUUGUUUCCCAACUUUUGAGUGUUUACAAGUUUAGGUAGACAUUUUCAGGUGUGCAUUAUCUGUGAGAAUCUGAGCUGUGUGCUGAACUGCAUUAGCUUUUCCUGUGAAUUAGACUCUGGGCUUUGACGGCAAAUUUAUACCUGCAACGUGACUCAUCAUCAUCACUAAAAACAAACAGUCAAAUGCAAACUAGACUUCUGUUAUUGCUCACAGAUGCUAAAGGUCUUUAAAUGGAUGUUUGGGGACUUGAAGGUGCAGUUUUGUACAGCGAGGGCUGAAGUGCAUGGGUUAUUAUCACUUAGUGAAACGUGUUGCACAGGGACAAUCAUUAUCUGGUUGUCACGACAUCAGUUUUCAAACUCUCUGAUGUAUUGUUUCCAUACUUCAGACUUAUCUAUCAUCACAUUGACGUCAUGUAAUCCCUGUUGAAAUCAAUGGCAAUUUUUGUUUUCUUAAGUGUGACUUCAGAGUAGGCAGCGAUGUGUACGUGACCUGUAUUUCUGUAGAAUCGCCCCCGCAGCUAUCGAUAAAUUAAAAAGGUAGACUCAACAGUACAAUAAUAAACUCAGCAUAAGGGAGCAACAGCACCUUGUUAUUCUGCGUUUGAGCUUUAGUAGGACUCUGCUGAUGUGCCAUACUGUUGAAUGUACCUUUUCAAAUUCCUUAACUGUUUUUGUCGUCUGUGCAUUUUGUUCAUUUAAGCACCAAAUAUUCCACAGCAUUAGGAACACCAGUGUUUAUUUAUUCAAUGUUUUUACUUUUCAGUGUCUCCAAGAUAUCAAACACUCCUCGCAGUGUCGACUCACUUCCAGAAAUCAAAUCUGGAGAAAUGUUUGUUGUUUUUUUAGAGUCAAGGCCAUUAGACAAAAGUUUUCAGAAAUACUGGAGUAUUUAUUGCCAUUUUCAAAUGUGUACAUUUAUCAGGGAAAGGGAUGGUCUUUGGACAUCUGACACAGGUAACAUUGAACAUUUUUAUGUAUUAGAUCCCAUCCUGUCACAUCUAGGCAAUGACAACUUGAGUUUAUUUGAAUCUAAAUAAAAACUAUCCCACUCUUA